UAUAAUCAGCUGCUCCCCGCCUGCUUGCUUUUGCUUCUUCACAACCAACACCUCCUCAUCCAGCAGCAACAACAUCUUCUACUCUUAUAUCUACCUCCUCGCCUUCUCCUCCUCAUCCUUCGAUAUCAUCGAUCUCUGCCAUAACACCAUCUACACAAACAUCUACCAUACGACAAACCCGACCAUGAAGUUUUCCAUCCUCGCAACUCUGGCCCCUCUCGUGGCCACCGCCACCUGCGCCGUCAUCCCACGACAGGCCCAAGACGGCAAUGGCCUCGCAACAUUCAGCCUCGGCGCACCACCUUCCAAGCCGGCGCUCGGAAGCGUCUCGUGGCUCGGACAAGGCAACCAAGCGAUUGGCGGGCCACUCGGGUGGUGGACGAGCACGCACACCGAUUUCAAGGCGUUCAUCCAAUACAACGCCGCGGAGGGCAUUGCGUUCGAUUCCACAAAGACCUCUAGGACCAUCUAUUUGAAGCCUGAGGGCACCGAUGGUCUGAGCGAAGUAGUGCUCGGAGCGCCAAGACUCGAAGGGAACCCCUCAGCAAUGCGCGAAACCAACUUCACCAUCGACGCGACGAUGAUCAACCCUGGCGAGCCCCGCUACUGGUUCGGAUACCUGCACGACUCCGCUGCUGCCUGGACCGCGUGCCCGAACGACGACGGCUGGAAACUCUACUUCGGCCAGGCCACCGGGGAUCGCAAGGCGGAGUGCACUGAGAGCUUCUCGCUGGAGGUGCUCUACACGAUUCCCGCUUAGGAGUGCAUUGGGAAUUGGAAUAGCACUACAUCGCAGCGGUGGCGAGCGUGAGUGACUAAAUUUUUGGCGAAGAGGAGGAGGAGGAGGUGUAGGGGAGGUUGCAUUUGUGUGUUUGCAUUGUACGGAGUUUUUUUGAUUUAUUUACAUGUCUGGCGGGUUUGGUGGUGCAUCUGGCGGGCUGUCUGUGUGUGUAUGGCUGGGGUAUGGCUAGGGCAAUUAUGACUGGGGUAACUAUGGCUGGGUAUGGCUUGGGGGACUGAUGAUGACGAAGACAACCACGAGAAACCGGGUGGACUGGACAAUUGCAUUGACUGACUAUAUGGGUGAUGUGGGGUGAUUUGGGGGAAUGUGGUUUGCUUUUUUUUUCCAGUCGUGUGCAUUUAACAGGGACUUUCAGCACCGCAAUGCGGGGAGAGUAGGGAUGGAUUUUUGUUUUUAUUGGUAAUAGUAAAUGAAUAAAUGGGCGAUAUUAUGUUCA